AGCACCAUGAGGAGCAACCUGCUGUUUGCCACUGUCCUGGCCCUCAGCCUGGCCUGGAGCUUCGGGGCUGUCUGUGAGGAAUCACAGGAGCAGGUGGUGCCCAACAGGAGCCACAGUAAGGACUCGGACCUCUACCAGCUUCCCCAAUCCCUGCUGCGGAGACUCUAUGACAGCCACUCAGUCUCUCUGGAAGGACUGCUAAAAGUGCUGAGCAAAGCUAGCAUGGAUUCCAAGGAAUCGCCACUUCCACAGAAACGUGAUAUGCAUGAUUUCUUUGUGGGACUUAUGGGCAAGAGGAACAGCCAGCCAGACACCCCUACUGCUGUGAGUGACGAGCACAUCCCCAGCUUUGGCACCCUCAAGCAUGCCCCCAGCGCAGAGUGAGCACCCUACUUCUGGACCCCUGGGCUGCAUCAUGAAGACGCUGACCCCUAUCCCAAUCCCACAUGCAUGCUCACCUACUUCCUUUUCUCUUUCCUUAUGCUUGAAAUAUUCUUGUUUUGAUCCCCUCUCCAGCUCCAGCAUAGAAACAGCAUAGUGAAUAGCCUCAAUUCCCAUGGGCACUUACUGUAGAGUCUACAGGUUACCUACGAUUUCUGUAGUGUUCUGCAUUAAAAAUGUCAUUCCCCCCCUUCUCCUAACAAUAAAUAAUUUUUACAUACGA